UGCUGUUACGUAGGUGGCGUGUGUGACAUUCGCUGCUGGAAGCUAGACACCGCUAGGAGCCGGAUGAAAAUGAGCCGAGACACGAAAUAAAUUAUAGUUUUAUUUUAAGCAACUCAGUUAACUUGUUUAUUAAACGUCGUUAUUGUUCUCGUAUCAGAAACGUGAGUUGAAUUUAGAAGGACAAAACUUUUAGCCUAGCUAAGCAUGUUAAAUUUCGGCUAACGCUUUUUCUCAACUUCAGCAGGAAACGGACGGAGUUCGCGUUGAGGUCGUUUUCCGUUUUCUUUUUAAAAUGUCGUUUCUAACCGGAAGACUUUAAGUCAGUUUUUUUAUCCAUGUGUGGCAUCUUGAGCUCUUUUCGUCAAACUGCGAUUUGCACACAAGGUUAAAUUUUUGCUUUACUGCUGCAGCUUCUUCCUUUUCUUAUGCUGACCUCUCGGGCCAGGUGUGCUGUGAUGUAGAUAGGGUUUUGUGUAACUUUGUCACGUUCAAGAGAAAAACUUCAGGGACUCCUUAGAGGUGGAAACAUGCUGCUCUCUUUGGUUGUGCACACAUACUCGCUGCGGUAUUGGUUUCCAGCUACUAUCAUGCUGGGAACUGCUCCAGCUUAUGUUUUAACAUGGCUGGCUUGGAAACUACUUUCAUCAGUAUUACCAGCAAGACUUUACCACAAGUUGGACGACCGAUUGUACUGCAUGUACCAGAGCAUGGUCCUGUUCUUCUUUGAGCACUACACAGGAGUUGAGAUUGUCGUAUACGGAGAUAUACCAAAGACAAAAGAAAACGUUAUCUACCUGUCGAAUCAUCAGUGUACAACUGACUGGAUCAUCGCUGACAUGCUUGCCAUCAGACAGAGCGCUCUUGGUCACGUCAGAUAUGUUCUUAAAGAUGGACUCAAGUGGCUCCCGAUGUAUGGAUGGUAUUUCUCCCAGCAUGGGGGCGUUUUUGUGAAGAGAAGCGCAAAAUUUAAUGAGAAAGCUAUGAGGAGGAAGCUCCUCUAUCAGGCUCGAUGUGGAGCGCCCAUGUACCUCGUCAUCUUCCCAGAAGGAACUCGGUAUAAUCCAGAGCUGAAGAAUGUUAUCGCUGACAGUCAGGCUUUUGCUGCAAAAGAAGGACUGGCUGUUCUGAAGCACACUCUCACACCCAGGUUCAAGGCAUCCCAUAUAGCUGUAGAGAUCACGAAGGACAAUCUGGAUGCUGUGUAUGAUGUCACAGUGGCUUAUGAGGGAACGUUGGAUAGCUGUGGACGAAGAAAAGCUGCACCAUCAAUGGCAGAAUUCCUCUGUAAAGAAUGUCCUCGUGUCCACGUACACUUUGAACGUGUGAAAUUAAGGGACAUCCCGUCUGAGUAUGUGUACUUCCGCAGGUGGAUGAACGAUCAGUUCGAGAAGAAGGAUCGGCUGCUGACAGAUUUCUACGAGUCUGAAGAUCCAGAAAAGAGGUUCCGGUUCCCUGGAGAGGGCCGACCCUCUCAGCUGAAGCUCUACAAGACCCUCCCUUCGUUGGUGAUCUUGGGGGGACUUACUCUGCCGAUGCUGCUGACGGAGAGCGGCAGGAAACUUUACGUGAGAACCUGGGUUUACGGGACUCUGCUGGGCUGGCUGUGGGUGAACAUUUCCCCUUAAUCACCAGACCCCUGGGGGAGGGGGCUGUCACCAUGAGACACAAAGAAAACUUUGAGAUGCAACGUUCCUUUAUCCCAACAACCUAAGAUGUGUUUCAGGUGCAGGGCAGUAACUUCCAGCUGACAGCGUUCUGACUGUCCAGCUGUUGACCGCACACGCUGAGAAAUAUAAAAACAUUUAUUCUACUUGAAACUUUGUGUUGUUCUUACUUGCAUCCUGAAGUCCUGCAAAAUAUAAACAGAUUCGUCAAAUAUAUUAAAAAUAUUCCUCUAAUAUAAAUGAAAGAGUUCAUAUUUACGCCUGCAAGCAGUUUAUCCAUCAAUCAUUGGCUAGUUUUAAAGACCUCAUAUUCAAAAGCCAAGUAUUAAUAAAUCACUAGUCCUCAUUGUCUGUUGUGUAAUAAGUGCGCUGACUAAUUUCUACCGGUUGUAAUGUUUUUAUGCCAAGUCCCAUACCAGGAGGAGUCUGCACUUUUCUUACCCAAAGUGACAUUUUUACACUGGUGGAACAAAACGAUCGGCAUGCAGUCCUCUGAGGGGGUUUGUAAGCACGACACCAGCUGCAUUGUUUACCAUAAAUAUUAAUUUUUUUAAUUUUCAGACAGUGAAUGUAGUCGUAAAAAAACGUUCAUUCAUGCAAAUGAGAAAAUUAACAUGCAAACCUGGACUGGAGGUUUUUGAGCAGUGUUUCUUUUCAGUGAACUCCGAUUAAACUCAUGUGGACGAAUGAUGAAUGCGCUAAUGUGUUCUAUCAAGGUAAAAUUUUGUUUGAACUUUAAAAUGUCAAUUAUUGCCAAAAGCUGGUGUGUAUGUUCAUUAUGUAUUAAGAGUGUAUCUGUUAUGUGGCGUGCUGUUUUUCUUUUCUCAGUUCUCAGAAAAAAAAGUCUUUGUUUUUCUGCAAUUAUGUCUUUGAUGAUCUUGUUUCCUGACGUUAAUGUAUAAAUGUGUUUAACUAUGCUACAGUCACAUGAUAACAUCUACCUGACAACAAAGCUGACAAAGCCAUGGAUCAGUAUAUUGCAGGUUUCUGCACGCAAAGCCAUUUGUAUUACAUCAUCACUUAAAUGUGAAUUGCACUGUUUGUCCAGUGUUGUUUACCGGUUAACUGCUCUGUUUUCAAUUUGUCACUUUAUAAGCUGUGUCCUCUUUUGUUAGUCUGGUGCGUGUUUCCUUUAUGUUAGUGGUACAAUAAUCUUUGUUUUAUGUCCCUUUGAUUCCUCACUGGAACAAUCCUUCCCGAUUCUUAAAAAAAAAUCCUUGUCAGCCAUUUUCUAGUCAUUUUUAUUCAGAAAAGACGGUAACUCAUCAGGAAACUAGAUUAUUUAAUUGCCAAGUGUUUUUGGAAAUGCGUGCCUUCUCUUUGGGGGCCACAGUGGCUCUUCAUCAGGUGACUGCGCUCCUGCUGGAGCUGAGGCUCCCAGCAGCAUGUGGUCAUGUUGUCUACAGCUCAUAGUGGCUUAUUUUGCCUCUGAAAAGGUUAUUUACACUUUUGGAAAAUUAUUGUUCAAUGAGAAAAUCCUUUGUAAGAUGUGAAGGAUCUUUGGGGUCAGAGAUAAAUAAAAAGGUUUUCUUUUGGGGGAA